AUGACUUCAGAUCCGUUGCUGGAUCUGCUUUCGGACGGGGAGGCCAAUGUUCCCAACUACAGAUGUGGACGGCAGAGAAACACGGUGGCUGUUCUGGAAGGGGCUGAGACUGGCAUCUCCAUCCAAAUUUCAACCUUGUUGGGCACCUACAAAAUCCCUCAGGAUGACUUUUCGGUGAAAGUCUGGAGGCGGUGCAGACAGAAAGAAGAACUGGUGGCUCUGAGGGAAGAGGAGAUGGAUCGGAUCCUGGCUAUGGACAGUUAUCUCACUUACAGCACCAUCUGGGCUGUGGGCAGGGCCUUAAAUUCAGCUCAUAUCUCCACAUUCAAGAGAUCUGUGAGGCACAGAGGCAUAAAGGUAGAAGCUCCAAGACUGACGGCUUGGCAGCUUCACCCUUUCCUUCAAAGCCCUCAGUUUCACAAUAAUUCCAUAGCUGGGAUAUAUUUGGAUGAGAAAGGAGAUCUGACGGCUGACCUGGACAUUUUGAACUGGAUUGUUUUUCCAAACAAAUCUGUUAAGAGAAUGAAAACUGGAAGUCUAGAAAAACAGACAACGCAGGAUUUUAAAGUUACCAUUGACCAGAGGAAUGUUGGACAGACCCUACCGACUUCCAGGUGUGUGGAAAGCUGUCAUCCUGGAUUCAUGAAGGUGGUUUUGGAAGGGAAACCCAUCUGUUGCUACCAUUGUCUCCCAUGUCCAGAAGGAACCAUCUCCACCAUGGAAGAUGCUGAAAAAUGCACGAAAUGCCCAGUGGGUCAGCAUCCAAGCAUCAACCGACAUGGAUUGUAG